AUGACAAUGCGCUCUGUCGCCCGCCUUUCUGGUCGUUUGCAAGCACAGGUAAUAGCACGCUGCCUGAGUCGGCAGGUGUGGGCUGCCACGUCAUCGUACAUCUCAGCUGAAUGCCAACAGUACGAACAAUCACUUGUCAUGUUACCAUCAGCCAGUAUGCACCAUGUCAACGUGGCAUACGAGGCCCUCAACACAGAUCGAUCCGAAGUACGACUCCUACGAGUCGAACCAGGGAGAGGCUUCGAAGCACUACAUUGCACUCUCAACGUGGUCUCGCUCCUUGACGAUCCUCGAUAUGAGACGAUCUCAUACUGCUGGGGCAAAGCGAAUCGAGCCGGGCCUUUGAUAGUGAACGGCAGCCCUCUGUCUGUCCCACACAAUGCAAUCGUCGCUCUCUGCCAGGUCAGAUCUGCAAAUCAACCGAGAACAGUAUGGAUCGAUGCCAUAUGCAUCAAUCAGGAUGAUCCAGACGAAAGGAGUCAACAAGUCGCCAUGAUGGCGUUCAUAUAUCGCAGUGCAAUGGGCAACUUGAUUCACCUCGGCAGCACUGAUGCCGAGCCAGGCAAAGCUGCUCGAAUCGCAGAGCAUCUAACGAUACUAGAACGCAAGAUUGACCAAGCAGCUCAUCUGUUGUCCAAAGAUGACGCUGACUGGCAAAUGUUCUCUGAUGGUUCUCGAUGUCCUGCAGCGUGGUCAGACACUGAUCUGAUUGGGGCAAAUGACAUCGUUGUAGUGGAGUCAUUAUAUGCCUCAGCGUGGUUCAGUCGACUGUGGGUCGUUCAAGAAGCUGCCUUUGCAAAAUCCAACACUUGUUUCUUCAACGGCGUCGAGAUCCCUUUGCUCCGCAUACUGAAAGUCGGCCAAGCUUACAUCGACACUGCCAAGUCUGGACCACUCUUCAGUCAAAACUCCGAGCGAGGUCUCGACAAUGCAGCCACGAUGCGUCGUUUUGUUGUUGGCUCACGCAAGCUGCUCUUCGAGGACAUCUACAUGCUUUGCCAAAGACUGGCCACAACAGAUCAGAGAGAUAUGAUCUUCGCUGUAGUGAAUCUUUACUGCAAAGCUGCCAAUCUCCAGGUCAUACCAGCACUUCUUCGGCCCGACUACCAGAAUACCACGAUAGAUGUCUUCCAAGACGCGACUCGAUACGUUCUGCUCGAAGAGGGCGACUGGGUUCUGAAUCACAUACACCAUCGAUCCGUGGAUGACAUUGACUUAGCUGGCAAACCAUCGUGGAUGCACAUCUGGGGUCAGGAUGUGAACCCUCGUGAGGAGUCUGAACCAUUUCCCAGCCAUCAUCGACAUGCGGCGACAACUACUGGACACCUGACCAUCCUAUCAGAUUCUCCAUCGCACGUCCUCAAGCUCAAAGCAUUCCUUUACGGCAAAAUUGAAUUUGUAACUUCUCCCUUCACCAGGGCCAUGCUCAAGAAUGUCGAAUGCAUUCGGCCCACCAUACGCAUCGCUACCGACCUGGCCAAAGCAGCAUUGGGGGAGCCUCGCCAUGAGACCGCAGAUGACCUGAACCAAUACGCUCUACUCGCUUCCAUCUUGACGGCAGGCGAGAACGAAGACACCAAAUUCCAGGUCCAGGAGAAAGCCAAGGGGCUCCAGGCCGUUGUGAAUCUGCUACAGAACCAAGCAGUGCGGCCUGCAAAUUUGAUGAUCACGGCCGGGCAACUUCACACAUCAAUGAAGCAUGUUCUCGAACAUCGCGCUAUGUUCUCCGCCGCUAGGGGUCCGCCAGGCAUGGAUGUCAAGUUUCUGGGUCUGUGUCCGAAAAUUGUGCAGAAGGACGAUGUUGUGGCUGUGAUCGAAGGUGGAAGGGUUCCCCUGGUGCUACGGCCGUUCGAAGGACAGUAUCAGUUUCUUGGGACUGCGUAUGUGCCGUUCCAUCUUGAGAUAAGCGGGUACUCACAUGAGGGAGAAGCAGAAUGGGUUGAUAUUGUAUGA